GGCGGAACGGAUUUUGCGGGCGAUGGGGGCACCUUUCCGGAACGGACCGGGGAAAGGAAGUGUGUUACUUUAUGGAGGGCACCCACUCCCGGCUUCCGCGGGGAUGGUGCAGGGUGCUUCGUGUCACUGCUUCCCCGGCCUGGCCUGAGCACUUGGGUCUCCGGUGAAGGGCGGAGGUAGCCGCAGGCUCGGGACCUGCUUGUUUCUCUGGCGGACACCACGGGCUGACCGUGGUCGCUGCUCUUUGGCUGCUCUUGCUGACCUUGGCCCAGGGUCGGAGCCGAUGGCGUCUUGGGCCGCUGUCAGCCUAGGCAGAGUUCCUGCCCGGUGCUUGUGGGCGCAAGGCCCCGGUGUCCGGGCGGCUCUUCCGUCCACCCUCGCGGCCUCCCAGCCUGAGCCCACGGGCUGCAACCCCGCUCCGGGCAGGACGCUGCACCUCAGCGCGGCGGUCCCCGCAGGGCACAACAAGUGGUCCAAAGUCCGGCAUAUCAAGGGUCCCAAGGACGCCGAAAGGAGUCGCAUCUUCUCCAAGCUCUGUUUGAGCAUCCGCCUGGCGGUUAAAGAAGGAGGCCCCAACCCUGAACUCAACAGCAGUCUGGCCAACAUCUUAGAGGUGUGUCGCAGCAAGCACAUGCCCAAGUCAACGAUUGAGGCAUCACUGAAAAUGGGGAAAACCAAGGAUGUUUAUUUGCUGUAUGAGGGCCGAGGCCCUGGUGGCUCUUCCCUGCUCAUUGAGGCAUUAUCCAACAGUGGCUCCAAGUGCCAUUCAGACAUCAGACAUAUCCUGAACAAGAACGGGGGAAUGAUGGCUGAUGGAGCUCGCCACUCCUUUGACAAAAAGGGGGUGAUCGUGGUUGGAGUGGAGGACCGAGAGAAGAAAGCCGUGAACCUAGAGCGUGCCCUGGAGAUGGCAAUUGAAGCGGGAGCUGAAGAUGUCAAGGAAACUGAAGACGAAGAGGAAAAGAACAUUUUUAAAUUUAUUUGUGAUGCCUCUUCAUUGCAUCAAGUGAGGAAGAAGCUGGACUCGCUGGGCUUGUGUUCUGUGUCCUGUUCACUAGAAUUCAUCCCCAACACAAAGGUGCGGCUCGCUGACCCCGACCUGGAGCAGGCUGCCCUUCUCAUCCAGGCUCUUGGCAACCACGAGGAUGUGAUCCAGGUCUAUGACAACAUUGAGUAACCAGGCUGUAUGUGCCCAUGAGGUCCUUCCUAGGCAACUGGCAGCCCUUUCUGGAGCACAGGCUUUUGCAGCGUACUCUGAGACUGAAGCAGAUUGGAGACCUAGCAGCUUAGGAGACACAAAACCAAGACCUGCAGCCCUUUGAGGCCAAGGGAAUCACUACAUCUCUGUGGGGCCUCUUUGUCAGUUCUGCUGAUGUCUCAUAGCCCUCCUGGAUGCAGGGUGGAAACAGCCAGCUAAUCAGACUCUGAUCUCAGGGAAGGAUAGGUGCCCUGAGGACCCAUGUACUAUAAACUA